UAUUUCUACUUAAUAUUACAUAGAUUCCGGAAAGGGAAGUGACUACUUUGGAAAGUUAUCGAAGCAGAAAGUUUUCUUUCUCAGAAGUUAGCUAGCUAAACAAACAGAAGGAAAACAACAUGGGAACAACAGCAAGUCAAUUAAGGAAGGAUCUUCUCUCAGAAUAUCAGGUGACAUAAGAUAUCUAACAUUAAUUAGCUAUCUAGCCAAUAAAAUUUACACAAGUUGUUGGCCAGUGUCGUUACUAGGUUAGGGAAUAACUAACGUAGAUAGCUAACGGUAUCUAAAAGCUAAUAAAGUUGUUUUUAGCCAGACAACUAUUUGGCUAUGUAUCGUUACUUUCUGCCCUCAAAGAGUCGCGGCUCAGCUUGAAUUAUUGCCUAUAUUAACUAGCAAGUGGGGAGGCAGGUAGCUUAGUGGGUAAGAGCGUUGUGCCAGUAACCGAAAGGUCGCUGGUUCUAAUCCCCGAGCCCACUAGGUGAAAAAUCUGUCGAUGUGCCCUUGAGCAAGGCACUUAACCCUAAUUGCUCCUGUAAGUCGCUCUGGAUAAGAGCGUCUGCUAAAUGACCAAUUAUUAUUAUUAUUAUUAUUAUUAUUAUUAUUAUUAUUAUUAUUAUUUAAGUGCAUUUUCAGCUUUUGACGUCUGUUGUUAGCUAACGUUAGCUAGUAGGACAACUUGUUGAGCGCAUUGCACAAAACUGAUAAAAGCAAGAAGUUGGGGUAAAAAAGUAUAUCAAUGUGCAAUGUGUGUGGUAUAUUUGAAAAUAAUGUACCAACACUUCCCUUCCAGGAGCUGACAUUUCUUACAAAACAAGAAAUUCUGCUGUAAGUAACUAGCUUAAUUCACAAUUAUUUCAAUUUACUGAUACUAUUAUUUUCAAUAUCCUAUUUGAUACAAAUACAGUAUAUAAAUACAUAGGCUCUGGCAAAAUGGAGCCUAACGUCCUUGACAACAAAGGGCUAAAGUCCAAUUUACAAGGAAAUUUGAUAGGCAACAUGGAUUUACUUUACAUGUUUGAACUAGGUUGGAAUGGUUUGUCAUUGUAGAUAUAUUGCGAGAGACUUGAUGAACAAUGAACAUACAUACAGGCAGCGCUAAGGUUGUGUGAUGCAUCUUUUCUGUAGGGCACACAAGAGAUUCAGUGAACUCCUUUCCAAAGAGGACAGAAACCUCACCAGAGUGCCCAUGGAGAAAGUCCUUUCACUGACAGAACUCAAGGUGACAAGAUUGCAAUUUAAAUUCUACUCCGUUACUAAUACUUGAAUGUUGUUUAAAAACAUUGUAACAUGUUGGAUUUCCUUUGGUCCCUAAUGUUUAUGUUCUGUCCCCACCCUUUAGUCCAACCCUUUCAGGAAAAGGAUUUGUCAUGUAUUCUCAACAUCUGAUAUGAAAGAUGGAAGUCUCACCUUUGAGGACUUCCUUGAUCUUUUGAGUGCCUUCAGUGAUUCAGCUACACUGGAAAUCAAGUCCCACUACGCAUUCCGCAUUUUUGGUAAUACAAUUGUUGGGAAUUCUUGGGGUAUAUGUAUGUAAUGUAUUCAUGGAUGUCUGGCAGUGUGUGGGGUGCUGGUGAAAACAUAAAAGGGGCAUUGUUUUGUCUGUUCAGACUUUGAUGACGAUGGCACUCUGGAUGGUGGGGACCUGGAGAAGCUGGUGAACUGUCUGACUGGUGAGACUGACGACACAAGGCUUACUCCUGAAGAGAUGAGGCAGCUCAUCAGCAAUGUAAGUUUACAGAUUAAGGCCACUAUUGGUUCUUCCCAAUGUGGGCCUACCUCAAGGAAGACCUGCUGUGUAUGAUAUAGUCAGGUCUGCUGUGUAUGAUUUCAGGUCUCCAUCUGCAAUAUCCAAGGGUAAGGCAACUACUUAUUUCCUUUUCAAUAUUGCAGAUUCUUGAAGAGUCAGAUAUAGACAAAGAUGGGACAGUGAAUUUGUCAGAGUUCCAACACGUCAUCUCGAGGUCGCCAGAUUUCGUCAGGUGAGUUGAAAUCUGAUUAGAAUAUCUCUCCAUAAUCUCUACAUUGUAACUAUGUACCCCCCUCUAAUAUUCCACAUUUUUCUCCAGUUCUUUUAAGAUUGUGCUGUGAAGUCUACAAAUAAGACACCAGGAUAUGGAUGCUUUGGAUUCUGUUCUAUUGACACUAAGAGGACCUCUUAUUUUAUCAUUGUAAUAACAAUAACUUUUAGAGAUUUUGCCUUAAAUUAUACGCCGUGGCUUUUCCCCCCGGACUAAAGGUCCCGAAUCUUCUGAACAUGUGCAGAUCACGUACUGCGCAUGUUUCUUUACCUCUACUUUACAUAUACAUUUUUGUGGUCACCUUCCCUUCACAGUUCUCAUUGACAAUCGUGAAUGAUAGAAAUAGUAAUGGCGCAUGCACCAACUCCACCGUUGGACAAAGCCUAAGGGGAAAUGAAUGGCGUUUUUGGAUAAAUGCCAAAAAUAAGGUUAGGUAAACACAAGCUUAGGAGAUGUUAUACAUUUUGUUCUGAGAUAAUUAAUCUUAAAUCAGCUAACAUCACUUUUUGUGAAUUUUGAAGAAAUUAUAUAAUUUUAAAAAGCACAUAGCACAAAUGCUUCAUAAUUCAUAAAGGUCAUGUUAACUGACUGCUAUUAUCUCAUGGAACAAAACAUAUAAGAUCUCCUAAGCCUGUGUUAACCUCAGACCUUAUUUUCAGCGUUUAUUCCAAAAUCCUAUUCUUUC